UUGCAUUUGCAUUCUUUCCUCUCUUGGUUAAGUACCGAUACUCACAUCAGAUCCUUUGUGGACCAUCAAGUCCUUUGUUGUAUUGUUAUCCGACAGUGUCCUUCAUAUUUAAUCACAUUUAGCAAAAAUACCUCAGGGUUACCCAAGGAUUAAAUUUGUGGGUUCAGCAGUACUUGAACAAAUAGAUCAUACUGGAAAAAAGAAGAGACAAGACCAUUGCAAGUUGUUUGAGAGCUUACUGGAUGAUGAAAAGUUAGCAAUGUUCCCUACUGUGGAAGACCAUAAUGAUGAUCUUGAUGAUCAAGAAAAUUCUACACAUUCCACCCCACCAGUAACAGCAAAUAUAAGUAUUGUACCUUGCGAGGAGAAACAUAAACUUCCUCCACAAGUAGUACAAGUUUCUAAAAAGCGCCCGUCACAUCAAUCUACAGAUGAGAAUUUGAUCAAACGGAUAAAGAUGCUUGAAGACCAGUACACAGCCGAUCGACAAAGGUUGAUAACUGUGUUUGAACACAAUCUUCAAAACAAACUUCAACAGCUUCAAAUAAAGAAAACCAAGGAAAUGGCAGCCUUGGUACAGGAAGAGAUUCAUAAGGCUAUGUUACUGAUGAUUGAUGAUGCACAUCCAGGAAGUUCUCUGCAUAGUGAUAAUGCAUCUUUGACCAAAGGAACUGUAGGAACACAAAGUCCAUGUCACUCCAAUCUAGAUGAAGCUGUUAUGAUUUCUUCCCAGUCUGCUCAACGUGUUAACGAAACUAGCAUUCAUGUUGAUCUCAUCCCACAGCUGACAGCCGGAAAACCUUCAUCUCCAACCUUGAGGAAUCAAACUGUAGAAAUUGGUACUCAUGAAUCAGAACCAGCAACCAAUUUGGUGAACAUUGGAGGUGUCGAAGAUGACAACUUCCAUUCUGCUUCGCCAAUGAUUGCUCACAUUACUCAGUACGAGCCUUCUUCUUCUAAAGAAUUGGCUACCAUGGAUCAGAUUGUUGAGGCUGAACCUGCUGCUUGUAAAGAUCCAUUAGGGGAAAGCAUUUGCACUUUUCAAAAUCUCAUGUCCGACGCUAAAUCAUGUUCUGCAACAACCGCCAUACAAAGACAAGAGACUUCUGUUGCUAAUGUUUUACCAUCGUCAAAUAUAUGUGCUUCUACAGAUCCCCCAGAAUUAGUCUCUGCAGUCAUCAUUCCCACAACUGCAAUUAUCAUUCCAAACAAUGCUGCCCACCAAGUCCAGUCACAUCAUGUUCAAACUGAGAAAAGUAACAUGCCAAGUGAAGAUUCAUCAAUCAUGAAGUUUGUUGUUACUGAUGGUCAAGCGGAUAGUGCUUCUCUUGUACCUGUUACUAGUCCUAUUAAUGUGUCUGGACAUGGCAACCCAGGGGAUGAGCCAGAGAGUAAUGCAUUUGGUGUUCAACAUGCAAAAUAGGAUUCAUCCAAAAAUGUUUUGCAUGAAGUACGUAAUACCGUUUCUACCGCAACAACUGCUGAUGUAAUUCCAGAUAUUGUCUUCAUUGAUCCAAAAUCAACAAAAUCUUCAUCUGAAAUAGAUGUUUCUGAUGCACAGAAAGCUACAAAGAAUCAUAGUUUCUCACACAAUCCUGCCUCAGAUGUUGUUCAACUACAACAUACAGAGAAGAUGACACUUGAAGAUGACAUUCAGAACCAAUCGAAUGAUCAUUUGUUAAAUCUUGAUGUCCGCAAAAAUGAUAUUCAAUCAACGAAAGAUAUUGAAAGUUCUGAUACUGAUUCCACUUCAAAAGAUGUUCCAAAUAUUUCUUCCCCACCUUUAUCCAUACAAAUAGUAGGUGAUGUAUCAAUUAUGUCUGUCAGUCAGAUGACCAGGGAAUAUGAUAGGAUGAGUGUACCAGCGGCUGCUACUAUUCAUACUACUCAACAUAAUGCUACAUCUACGCUCCAGGAAGUCUCAAGAAUUGAAGAUAUGCAGAACCUUAUUCAGCCUCAGCCUAUUGUUUUGGAAACUUCUGUUCAGCCCAAGCACAGCUCCUCCAGUUUGGAUGUUUUUGCAGAUAGACCAUUCAAAGUUACCUGAUGAUAUGCCAAAAGUAAGCACUAUACCAUCAGAUAUCAAUUUGCAAAUUGGCCAAACCUCACCAAAGGAAUCCUCAGGAAUGCAAGAUUCUGAUCAAAAAAUACUAGACAAAUGUGUGGAAAUGAUUCUAUGUAUGACACCGAAUCCAGCACCUGCAAAUGAUAACAACAAAUCACUAAGUCUUGCUAUCAAUGAAGUGCUCAGUGAAAACUUAGAACAAACUCUUGCAUUAGCAGAAAUACAGACUCAGUGCACUGCAGGAGACAUUGAAUCAUCAUCUUGUCAGUCUACACAAGAAGAGGUUGCAAACGUUGCCGAAAUGGAUAUAACUGAAAAAAAACAAGAUGAAUCCCAAGAACAUCCUUCGGACAAUUCAGUUCCAGAAGUAAGUUCUGAGCGCACCGAAGAUGAUGAUAUAUCUAAAGUGGGCAAGCAAGAUUCAGACUGUCAUACUUCUCAUUUAACUCCUAGACACAGCUUCAGAGAUUAUGAGAUAGUUCACAUAGCCGAGGAACCUUCAUGUCCUAAAACAAUUGAUUGUAAGCACAUCUCUAAGCUUGUUGAGCCAUUACCAGAUGGAGAAUGUUUUGAUUAUGUUGGUAGCAUAAAUCCUUCUAUGAAGAUGAGAAAAUAGCGUUAUCAGAAGAAAGAGGAGAUCGCCGAAGGUAUAUCUGAGCUCGUAAAGAAGAAGCAAUACCCGGUGAAGAAGUUAAACGACCUAUACAAUACUCUUGUCACUAAUAGCAAGUUCCGAGGUUUACGUAAGACACGACGACGCAACGAUAAUGACACAGGUGGUACCAAGAUAAGGAUAGGUCCAGCUUCUGUAACAGAAAGAGAGUUAGUACAAUGUCUAAUGCCAAAAGGAAAGAUGUGCAAAAAUAUGAUGUGGUUACUGUCCGUGGCACUUAUGUAUGAUUGGGGAUCAAAGACCAAGCUUAUAUUGGAUCAGACUAUUAUAACCAAAUUGCUAAAAAGGAAAUAAAUGCAACCAUGCAUAUCUGUGCAAGAAGCUUAGUAAGUUGGCACUUCAAAAUGUUGAGCAGGUAAUCUUUCAUCAUGUACAUUUUUACUUUCUUAUGUCAGUUCAUGUUACUAAUAAACAAAUAUGUAAGUGUUUUUCAAGCUAUUUCUGCUUACACUAUCCGACAACCAUUGGAUUCUGGCCAUCAUUAACCUCACGCAAAACACAAUUGAAAUUUAUGACUCUAACUUAGAAGUCAAAGAAGGUGAAGACCCGCACAAGGUUAUGUUGGAGAACAUGGCCAGCAAUCUCCAAAAAUCAUUGAAUGAUUGUCUCCAAAAGAGUGCUUUCGCAUUUACGGAUUUCCCCAAGAAGUAUUGUUAUGCUGGAAAACAAACAAACAACGAUGACUGUGGUUUCUGGGUUAUUAAAGUACUUCUAUGUCACAAUGGCAAAGAGCUCAUUGGAAAUUACAAGUGGGCAAUGGAUGUCUUCAGGAAGGAAAUAUGCUAUAUCCUUGUUUACCACCGCUUCAAUGAUCUCAAUCCAAGGAGGCCUGAGAUUAAGAAGAUAGCAUCUGCCGUGAAGACAACAACAGACUGAUUCCUCCAACCGUUGUUACCUAUGUACCAUUCGCUAUGUACUGCAAGUUAUUUCAUAUGAUGUAGUAGUUUCAUCUGUAAUGAACAGUGUUCUUACCAUGCAAUCGUCAUUUUGUAUGGUACUUUAAAAGUAUUAUGGUUAUUCCCUGCUUUAAAACCAAUGUUUGUAUUGCCAGUAUGUAUGGAAAUGACACCACAACUUCUUGUUGUCUUCCAAUCA